AUGGCAGAAAAUAAAGCCAACGAGAACAGUGCUGCUGGCGAGCACCCAUCUGUCUACGAUGAUGCUUCGGCUUUGAUGAUGCUUUCAAGAGGAGCUAACCAUAGCAGCAACAACAGCUCAGCCCCUGGCUCCCAAGCUCGUAGGGCUUCGAACCUUGUGGCCAGUCCGCAUUCUGGAUCGGAGCCUCACUCCUCAUCUGUCAACGAUAGCAGAAGUUUAUCUGUGCCAGCUGAUGGACUGGGAACGAUGCUGCCGUCAAGCGCAGAGAGCAGUUCGUUAGGUCACGAAAAGAGGAAUUCUUUCAGUUCAUCAUCGCGCCGAAGCUCAAGUAAAGGCAUGGUAGCAGCCGCAGCUCUAGCUACCGCUGCCACCGUACCUUUGCCACUCAAGAAGCAAGACCAGGAAAGGCGUAACUCAAAGCAUCAGAAUGCCGAUAAUGAUCUCGAUGAGCAAAAGCAGCCGAAAGUUCCACCUGUACCAUCGUCUUAUAUUGUGGAUCCUGACGCUGGCGUCAUCACCUGCAUUUGCGGAUUUGAUGAUGAUGACGGCUUUACUAUUCAAUGUGAUCACUGUAAUAGGUGGCAGCAUGCUGUUUGCUAUGGUAUUCGCGAUAUCGACUCGGCCCCUGACGACCAUCUUUGCAUCACUUGUAAUCCAAGAAAGGUUGAUGUUAAAAGGGCAAAGAAGAGGCAGCAAGACAGGCUCAACCCAAAGAACAAGCGCAGGCGAAAGAAUAGCCAAGAUGAUGAAACAAUAGGGAAGUCUGCCACCGCUGGUUCUGUUGAUUCUACUAAUGACACUGGCAGCAGCUUGCUCAACACCGGCACAUCGAAUGUUCCGGAGACAAAAGCUUUAGACAAAUUGUUGACUGCUGCAGAGCACUACGCGGUAGUUUAUGUACCUCUCUCUUCAAAUGACUACAAAGACAAGUAUGUUGAGAUGUUUCUCGAUAAGCAUUCCGACGACGACUGGGUGAUACCCUACAACAAAAGCACGUUCACACCUGUACCUUUAGAGGUUAAAUCAUAUGCUGAAAAUGCUCGCUCCUUUUCAGGUAUGCCAAAGCUAGGGCUAUUCACACGGCAGCUAUGUCCAACCGGAUCUUUCCUGGAGGAAGUUUUGGGGGAAAUCGAAUUCAGUAACAAGUACUAUGGUGACUGUAGGAACAACUAUAGAAUAUUUGGUACCACCAAAGCAAAAGUUUUGAUACAUCCACAUUGGCCUAUUUGUAUUGAUUCUCGGCUAAGCGGCAACCUUACGAGGUUUUUACGAAGAAGUUGUCAACCAAACGUCGAGCUGGUGUCUAUUCGCAUGAUGGAUGAGAGACCUCGAGUAAAGUUUGUUUUGAGGGCUCUUAAGGACAUUGAAGAUGGAGAAGAACUGCACAUUGGGUGGCAGUGGGACCUGCGACACCCAAUUUGGCAUCUUAUCAAGGGUGAAAGUAAAAACGUGGAUUCACUGGAUGACCAUAAUAAAUUUACUUUGAUCCAUUCUAUAGACACAAUUUUGAGCACGACUGAUUGUGCCUGCGGGAAUAACAGUAGGGACUGUUACCUGCUGAAGGUAAAGAGGUAUGCACAAUCACUGGCUAAAGCUGUAAAGUCUAAGACGAACAGUCGCUACAAGCUCAGCGAGAUCCUACAGUCCGCUAAAGAACGUUCAAACAAGGUUCAAGCACCUAUCUUGUCGAGGCUAGCUCACGAGGCAAUUGGAAACGCAGAGCGCGCGAAUCAGCUAUUGGUGAACUUUCAUGCUGCUAAGUUGAACUUUGACAAAGAGGAGGGGGUGAUAAAGGGCUCAUCUGACCUGAACUCCCAGUUUGGAAGUGGCGCAAGAGGCCUUCCAUUCAAAUUUUACCUUAUAGAUAAGCAUGCUAACUCCAAAAAGCAAGAUAAUCAACAUGUGGGAUCUGUGCACAACAUUGACCUCUUCAAGAAGUAUGGUGAAUCUCAAGUUACAGAUCUGAAAGCACUCCCACUGCCCGUGAAUUUACCUCUGCCACCCGGUCACACACGCGCGGGCAAACUUGGCAGUGGUUUGGAAGCGGGAUUGCCAGAACUUCUACAGGAGAAUGAUUUGAGAGAUAUGAAGUCACCUGUUGACACUGCGACGUCUAUCAUAAACACCGGCUCGAUGAUUGUUGAGAACCGCAACCCGCUGAAAAAGAAGUUGAGUUUUGCAGACUACAAAAGAAAGAUGAAACCUGUAUAA